AUGAAAAUAGAUGAUUUAAUUACUCUAUUAAUUUUUAUGAUAGUUAAUCCUAUCUCUUUUGCAAUCUCACAAUGGUCCAAUACCACUAUUGUUUCUUCAAAUGUCAAUAUUUAUCAAUUUUAUUUAAGUUCAAUUUCAACAUUCAAUGUGACAAGUAGUCAUUUAUCGAUGAAUAGUUUAAGUAUUAUAGGUAGUAGUUUCACAUUAGAAAAUUCGACAUUGUCUGUCAAUGUUGAGAUUAGAGUGAAUUCAGAUCCACCAAACCCACCGAAUCCAAUACCCUUGUAUUAUACAGCCUCCAAUGUUGAAUAUUUAUCUAGUGUGAACCUCAAUAAUGUUACGGCAAAUAUAUCUACGAAUUCCGAUAUGACAGAGUACUUUGAUAUUUAUUUGUACAAUUCAAAUGUCUUGAUUUCCAACCAAUCUGGACUAUCAAGGAUACACUCUCGCUCUAAUAGUUUUCUGACUAUCGAGAACGUUUCUCAAACGAUUCCAGGUUUUGAUGGCAGUUCGUCAAAUCUUCGGAUUUUAAAUUGUACAAAUCUCUCUUUUCAAAGUUGGCUGGUCGAUGAUUAUGCUCCAAUAGAUAUGAUCGAUUCGACAAUAAGUAUCCCUGUGUACAGCUAUACUGGAUUGCACAGCUUAAGACUACUAAAUUCCAAUUUAAAUGUUGGUUAUUGGACAUCGAGUGUAUCGGUCUAUUCACACAUACUACUAUCAAACUCAAGUAUUUCGCUCAAUACAUUCAACCGAUAUGUUUAUAUACCAACCUAUUUAUUUGAUGCCGAUCUCUAUAACUCCACUCUAACCAUUGAGUACCUCAUGAGUUAUACUCCAGCAAUGUCCAUCAAUUUAAAUUUAUAUGAAAACAAUAACGUUGGAAUCGGUGGAGUUUUGACCACCUUUAUUGAAUCAACUAUCUCUCUAAAAGGAUACAUACGUACGUCGAAUAAUUUCUCCUUUACAACUUCCAAUGUUUAUUUUUAUGGAAUAAUUGACAGUGAUGGAGUUACCCAAGAUACUUGUAAUAUAAUAGCUCACAAUCUUAUUUUUGACCGUUCAAAAUUCACGCCAUUUUGCAACUAUAUUGCUGGGUUCAAUUCAAUUCAGAUUUUAAACAGCAGUGUAGUUUUAAACAAUUCAUUGACUAUAGAUACUGAUUUCUAUUCAGAUACAUUAACCACCUUUACUUUUACUUUACAUACAAACGAUAUCUUCACACAAGUUUCGUUAAAUACUAUUCCAUAUUAUCAAUUCACUUCAUCGAUUUUUAUCAAUUAUAAUUUUUCAUCGAUUGUGGAUGGAUUUGAAAUUCCACUUAUUAAAUUCGCAAAGUUGGAUAGGACCACUGACAAUAUCACCAUUAGUAAUAGAGUUACCUAUUUUUCAUUCUCCAACGACACCAGCAUAUAUGAGAAAGUUCCAAUUUUCAAUGCGGAUACCUACUACCGUGACCCAUAUAUUUAUACUAGGUUCUCAUUGGUAGGCUAUGUUACUUUGCCACCAACAGUGACACCAACACCAACCAAAGAUUCACCUUCAUCACGACCCUCCAACACAACGAUUGUAUUCUCAAUCGUGGGGUCUGUACUGGCGCUAAUUAUUACAGCAACCAUCAUCACAGUCAUCAAGUUUGUCAAAAACAAAAAAGCAAAGAGAAUCGAUGCAAUGAAAAUGACACCCCACGAAGAGAACUACAUUACAGAAAAAGGAAAAUGGAUCGGUAUGUUGUCUCCACACACAAAAGCUUUAGUUACCAUACAACCAACCGAAAAGGAAUUUAAUGGGGAAUAUUUACCAAACACAUCAUUAGAGAUUGAACCAAAAGAGAUUGAAUAA